AUACCACUCUCUUCAGUCAUCGAGGUCUAUGAGUUUCAUCACUUUAUCCGCAGGUGAAACCCCAAUGAGAGAUGGGAGUGUCCGCAGCUGUAUCAACUACACCAGUUUCAAUUCCUAAAUCCAUUCCAAAAAGACACAAACCUUUACUCCCUCAGUGCAUUCAUCGCAGAGCUACAAGAAUAAGCUUCAACCCCCAAACGCUUCCACUCUUCCCCAGUUUCAGAAACUCUUUCUCUACUAAAUCAAAGAAUGAGAAGAAUUUCAAUUGUAAGUCUACAUUUUCUUCUGAUUCUGACGAUGGAUUCUCAUCAACUCCCUCUAUUAACGACGACGAUUUCAUAGUCGUAAACUUUUACCGUUUUGUGUAUAUUGAAAACCCAGAAGAAGAAGUUGCUAAACAGCUUUUAUUCUUACAAGAUUUUGAUAUUCAUGGUCGAAUUUAUAUAAAUGAACAAGGAAUCAAUGCUCAAUUCAGUGGUCCAGUUAAAGAUUCAUUAAGGUAUGUUGAUUGGUUAAAAAAAGAUCCUAAAUUUUCUGAAAUUUUUGUUCAAAUUUCUCCUUCUUCGGAUAAUAAUCAUGCCUUUCCUAAAUUGAGAUUGAGAUAUAAACCCUCAUUGGUACAAUAUGAAGGAGGAAUUUCACACUUGCCUAUACUUGAAUCAUCUAUGAGAGCAAUUCCUUUAACACCAAAUGAAUGGAGAGAGAAGCUAUUAGGAAAUUUGAAUGAUUUUGAUAAGAAAAUUGUUCUGUUAGAUGUGAGAAAUGGGUAUGAAUGGGAUAUUGGUCAUUUUAAUGGUGCCAAAAGACCUCAAGUAGAUUCUUUUAGAACAACUUCAUUUGGAUUGUCUGAAUCUGAUUCUGAAUUUGAAAGUAAUAAUGCUAAUGCAGUUGUUGAUGAGGAUCCUUUAUCUGGUGUUGACAAAGAAAAAACUGAAGUAUUAAUGUACUGUACGGGAGGGAUUCGUUGUGAUGUAUAUUCGACUAUUCUUAGACAAAGAGGGUAUAAAAAUUUGUAUACUCUAAAGGGAGGUGUAUCUAAUUAUCUUCAGAUGGAAGGUUCUGAUGGAUGGAUUGGUAAUUUAUUUGUUUUCGAUUCACGUUUAUCUCUUCCUCCUUCUGCGUACAAUCCGAAGGCUUCUGCGAAUGGCGUGGAUCCCCAGCCUGAUAAUGAUGCAUUUGCGAGAUGCUAUAUAUGUGGGUUGCAGAGAUUGAAGGAUUUGAGGCACAGGAAUUGUGCAAACCUUGAUUGCAAUAUGUUAAUACUGUGUUGUAACAAUUGUGUUAAAGAGUUUACAGGAUGUUGUUGUUCGGAUUGUAUGUCUGCACCUCGAAUUCGACCUGUUUUACCAGGGCCGGAGAGAUAUCAAAAAUGGCAUAUCUACCGGGAUGCAGAGUUGCAAAAAGAUUCAAUUGCUUGAGGUUAGAAAUUUUCGGCUUCCAUUUGUAUUAAGCUAAUUAACAGUCUUGAGCUCACUUCUUCCUUAUGUUUCUAAGUAAAAGCAAUUUUUUACAAACUGUUCCCUGAAAUCUAAGUUUUAAUUCUUAUUUAA